AUGCGAUACAAUUCGAAAGAACUAUCCCAGUUGGCUAUACAGCCACCGAAAUACUUCACCAAGGAAGGGUCACUGUUCAUGAAAGAAUCUAACUCUGGAUUGAAAAAUGAAUUGUUCGGCAGGAAGAAGAACGAAAGUUACAGUGAGAGGUGGUGUCGCCUUAGAAGUAACAUGCUGUUCUAUUUCAAAGGAAAGGACAUGCUUUCAGAGCCAAAUGGAGUGAUUAUAUUGGAACAGUGUAGUACUAUGGAGGCUGAUACUGAACAGAAUCGCUUUUGUUUUGUUAUAGCUUUCCCACAUGACGACAAAGUCCAGUACUUGGCCGCACAUACAGCCGAACAACGUGAUGAAUGGGUGGUAGCGCUACAACAAGCAAGUUAUGAAGGACUGCGAUGCCAAUUGAACUAUCUUCGCACCAAGCUUCUCGCACGAACUGGGAAGGAUCCACUCAGUACUGACCAAUCAGAUACAGUGGGUGGUGACCCCGCUGCUGGCAGUGAGGUACAAUACAACCCAGAGGAACCAGUACUAGAGCUCUCCAUAGCGUGUCAGGGUUUGCCGUUGAGUGUCGAUGGGAAACCACCAACAACAUUUGUGGCUAUAAGUACGCUAUCACCCCCUCACCAGACAUCAUGGAUACGAUGCGCACAGACCGAAACCAUACAGAAUAGUUGUGAUCCAUGUUACCUGACGUCUGUGGCAUUUGACAACCCCAGAGAUAUCACAAUGAUUACAAGAGUCAAGGCGACCGUGUAUGAUGUCAGAGACAGGGCACAAGGGAUGAUGAAUACUAUUGGACAAUCCGUUUCAACUAUUAAAGACAUCACCACGUCAGCAGAUAAUAAGUUGACUCUACCAAUCCUGAGUCUGCAAGGUUUGACUGAAACAGAAGUCGGCAAGUUAACCAUACUGCUCUGGGAGACGACAACUUUUGACAAGGUGAAAGGCAUGAAGCGGGGUAGCAAUGCAAGUCAGGAGUUCCAGCCGCAGGCCACGGUGUUCAAACAACGAGGGAACAGCAUCAGCAGAGAUCCUCUUUUGAAGUAUCUAUUUGUGAAUGCACUGAGUAAGUCGUAUCGACGUCCAGAGAUGGAGGGUCGGCCACUAAUCGUACAGGAAAUCAUGGCGGAGACAUUGUUGUCAUUUCAUCUUCCUCAAGAAAUUCUGAAGCUGUUCAUUGAAGAUGACAAAGUAAAAAACCGACAGUUGUGCCAACUGGGAGGGUUGGUUGAACCAUUUUCCAGUUGGCGGAAGGAUAUAAUGGAUUUACGCUUGUCAACUAUUGAUAGUUACUUAGAAGCAAUCAACGUUAUUAAAAAUCAUAAAGGUAAACAGUUCAAAACUAGCGUUGAAAAAGCCAAUGCAGAAUUAGAGUUUGUAGCUAUUAACUUACAUUUACAGCGAAUGAAGGUUUCAAUACCAGAUGGUAAAGGUGAUGAAGUAUACGAUGUCAUUACGAUAGGUGCACCAGCAGCUCACUCACUAAAGUUCAAAUCAGGCGGUUUAAAAAAAUUACUUCAACAACAUAACUAUAGAGAAUCCAUUGGAAGUGCGCCAGUAAUAUCACUACUAAUUCCAGAGAUACAAGCUUUGGAGAAAAACCUGAAGUGUCUGAAAACAAAAAUAGAUUGGUAUGCUAAUGAAAUAAAUUUGUGUGUCAGUACGGGGUCUCGACAGAGUUUACCAGACGUGUGUACGAAAUACACAGAUAAGGUGUGUGAAUUAUUGAUGAUGUGUGAGAAUCCAUUGAUUCAAGAAGCAGUGGACACGUUAAAAGAAGCCCGGGAAGAGUUGGAGAGUAUUCCAAAAAAGAACGAAAAGUCUUGGCAAGACACUUCAAAACAGAUUAAAGAUGAUAUCACUAAGUUAAAUCAAAUGAUAGAAGCGGAAAGUGUUUCAGUAGAUGACAGAACCUGGCAGGAGGAUGCAAAUAAGACUGUACAGUCUCUCACCAGUAAUAUUAAUCACCUAUAUCAACAUUUAACAGACUGCUUGGCGCUGAUACUUAUUAAGGAAGGACAUCAGUACCGUAUAAAGGUUUCUGAAUUGCAACACCGGAGAGAUAUUGUCUUCACACAAGCAAUUACAGGAGCGAUAGCUGGAGUUUACACAAAGUUGUCUACACAUGGCAAGGAUCAAAAAUUUUUAAGUCAGAUCUCUCAAAUCGGAAUUCUACUUCAAUUUGAAAGUUUACUUAGUACUUACAGUACAGAAAUGGGCAUGCUUGAAGACAUGGUUGUAGGAAUUGAAGACCUGAAUAACGUCACCAUUCAAUUUAUACUCGAGACUGAUUCUAAAAUGCCUAGUGUCAAAGGUGACAGGUCACACGUUAUUGUGGAAAUCCCCAUACCUCGUUCCAGUUUUUCAAGAUUACCAAAUGAGGUCCAGAGAGGGCAGCAGAUCAAGCUAUGUCCAGUGUUGUUCACGAUGGGAAUUAAUGAACUCGCCACUUUAGCUGAAAGAAUUGGAGAUACAUCAUUUCAAGACCAGAUAAACAGGGAAAAUCUCUUCCAUCUGAAAAACUAUUUUGAGAAUUUUAUGAAAUUGACGAAGAGGAAAUCUGGUUUUGUUGAAGUUUCAAGGACGGACUCUUUGGAUGUGCUCAUUGCACGAUUACAAGACGCUGUGGGCGCAAAGAAAUCUAAAAACGUUGACAUACUUCAGCUUUCUGCCGAGAUUUGUAGUCACAUGACUGGCAUACGUUUUACAAGUUGUAAAAGUGCAAAGGACAGAACAGCUAUGUCAGUGACGCUAGAACAGUGUAUGAUACUUCAACGAAAUUAUGGUCUAGAUGCUCGAACUUUUGCACAUUUACUGGAUACGAUGAGAAGUGAAGGAACUAGGAGGACCAAUACAAUGAAGAAUGUUGGCAUCCGAAAAUAUGCUUUCAAUGGUUUUCAAGUCGCUACUUUACCUAAAUUAUACCGACCACCAGAUGGAACAUAUGGAAACACAGCGACAUAG